UUCUUUCUCCCUCCCUCAUCUCUCUCACACUCAAACACAAACACACACACACACACAAACACACACGCACAGUCUUCUGUAUUUCGUAUAUUAUAUUUAAUUUCUCUGUUCGUCUUACCAGAAAUCAAGAAUCAGUACGUCGCUUUGCUCUUCAACAAAUCCAGGCAGGUUUCGGCCAAUGCCGAUGGAGCCAGAAUCUGGCACCUUAAAUUAUCGAAAUCCUUCUCAGUUUUUCUUGACUUUAUCUCGGAAUUUAUUGUUGGCAUAUCAAAGCUUUGGGGUGGUCUAUGGAGAUUUGGGCACUUCACCUCUUUAUGUCUAUAAAAGCAUAUUUAUUGGCAACUUGAUGGAUUAUCAAACCCCAGAAGUGAUAUUUGGGGCAUUUUCCUUGAUAUUUUGGACCUUGACUCUAAUCCCUUUGCUUAAAUAUGUUUUUAUCAUAUUGAGUGCUGAUGAUAAUGGUGAAGGUGGGACCAUUGCUCUUUACUCAUUACUCUGUAGGCAUGCUAAGUUUAGUUUGCUUCCAAAUCAACAAGCAGCUGAUGAAGAGUUGACUUCUUACAAAUAUGGUCCUUCACAGCCUCCAUCAUCUUCACCAUUGAAGAGGUUUUUGGAGAAACAUAAAAAGUUAAGAACAUCUUUACUUGUUAUUGUUCUUUUAGGAGCUUCCAUGGUUAUUGGUGAUGGUGUCAUUACUCCUGCUAUUUCUGUUAUGUCAGCAGUAUCUGGACUUCAAAUUGAAGGUGUUGGACUACAGCUAACUAAUGGGUCAGUUCUAUUAUUAGCAUGUGUGCUAUUGAUUGGGUUGUUUGCUCUACAACACACGGGUACUCAACGAGUGGCAAUUGUGUUUGCUCCAAUUGUUAUUAUAUGGUUGCUUUCAAUAUUUGGAAUUGGAUUAUAUAAUAUCAUACAUUGGAACCCUAAAAUCAUAUAUGCAUUGUCUCCACAUUAUAUAAUCACAUUCUUUAGACACACUGGUAAAGAUGGCUGGUUGGCCCUUGGAGGUGUUCUUCUCUCCAUAACAGGUACUGAAGCUAUGUUUGCAGAUCUUGGCCAUUUCACUGCCUUCUCAAUGAGGCUUGCAUUUACCAUUGUUGUAUACCCAUGUUUAGUCAUACAAUACAUGGGCCAGGCUGCUUAUUUGUCUAAAAACGUUACUUCCAUUCCCGACAGUUUCUAUAAAUCUGUACCUGAACCUUUGUUUUGGCCGAUGUUUGUUAUUGCUACCCUGGCAUCUGUUGUAGGGAGUCAAGCUAUCAUUUCAGCUACCUUUUCGAUUGUGAAACAAUGCAAUGCCCUUGGUUGUUUCCCCAGGGUUAAAAUCGUCCAUACAUCAAAACACAUGUUUGGUCAGAUUUAUAUCCCGGAAAUUAAUUGGAUCCUUAUGGUUCUUACUCUUUUGGUCGCUGUGGGAUUCCAGGACACUACUCUAGUCGGCCAUGCUUAUGGCAUCGCAUGCAUGACAGUUAUGUUCAUCACAACUUUUCUCAUGGCACUCGUGAUAACCUUCGUGUGGCAAAAAAACAUUAUAUUUUCCACAACAUUCCUUAUAUUCUUUUGGUUCAUAGAAGGAAUCUACCUCUCAUCCGCACUAACAAAAGUCCCUCAAGGAGGUUGGGUCUCUCUUCUAAUAGCCCUAGUCUUCAUAAUCAUAAUGUACAUCUGGCAUUAUGGCACCCGUAAAAAGUACAACAAUGACCUUCACAAUAAAGUUUCCUUAAAAUGGCUUCUUGGACUGGGCCCCACUUUGGGAAUUGUUCGUGUGCCCGGAAUCGGCCUCAUUUACUCUGAACUUGCCACCGGUGUCCCUUCCAUCUUCUCUCAUUUUGUCACGAAUCUGCCCGCUUUUCACAAUGUGUUGGUGUUUGUGUGUGUGAAACAUGUUCCUGUGCCUUUUGUGCUGCCCGAAGAACGGUUUUUGAUCGGGCGGAUCUGCCCGAGACCGUAUCGGAUGUAUAGGUGUAUUGUGAGAUACGGGUAUAAAGAUAUUCAGAGAGAUGAUGGGAAUUUUGAGAAUCAGUUGAUUCAAAGUAUUGCAGAGUUUAUACAAAUGGAGGCUGUGGAACCCCAGUUGUCCACCUCUGAGAACACCUCCUUUGAUGGUCGAAUGGCUGUUAUUAGCACCAGAUCAAACGCGACAUUAAUGGUCUCCGAUCAACUCGACUCCUCCUCCAUACAAAGUAGCAAAUCUUUGAUGCUACAACGGUUAAGAUCCGAAUUCGACGACGAAAACCCGCAAAUCCGGCGCCGCCAAGUGCGGUUCCAACUGCCGCCCGCCGGUCCGGUGAUGGAUGCCGCCGUGAAAGACGAGCUUUUGCAGUUGAUUCAGGCGAAAGAGGCCGGAGUUGCGUAUAUCAUGGGACACUCGUAUGUUAAGGCGCGUAGAUCGUCUUCUUACUUGAAGAAACUUGUGAUUGAUAUUGGAUAUUCGUUUCUUCGUAAAAAUUGUAGGGGGCCCGCAGUCGCACUUCAUAUUCCUCAUAUAAGUUUGAUUGAAGUUGGGAUGAUAUAUUAUGUUUAGGAUAUGUUCUUGGUAUUGCUUGCUUUUUUAUUUGUUUGUAAGCAAUAAUAUGGAAUUAUAUUUGUAUGGGUUUUCUUGAAUUUUUAACAAAAAACCAUGAACCCUGAAUCCUGAA